CAUCGAUGCUGUUGAGCGUUUCGCGUACGCUGCUGUCCGGUGGACAAGUCAUUUCCGACAUCGGUGGGCAUUUUACGUUGUAGCAGGGAUGCGGCAGGAGAUCGCCUGCGGGGGGGAGAAUGAAAAAAAUGCGGAGAUAAUGUGUAUCUACAAAUAAUGUGAAUACAGUGAAAAAAUCUGAAAGUCAUUAAUAGACAAGAAUUUACAUAAAACUAACAGUGCCUGAAAUACACGGAAAUAUAUAGCUUUCUUCAGAUAUUUCGCUCAUAAGAAUAUACACCUGCUGAUACGAACUUCUGAUAACUCUUCUAAGACCUUCGAUAACUUCAUCCAUUCAAUUUCAUUCGUACAUCAACGAGAAUUGGAAAACAGAAUUUGAAACAUUUGACUUAUUGUUUUUUGGAGCGAUAUCUCGCUAUUUUUAUUUGUUUCCGAGUUAAUCAGUAUUCUCGAAUAGCCAAGCGACAAUGAGUACUCUCCCCAACACAACAUGAAACUGGAAUCGGAAUCGGAUAUUGUAAACCUUCGGAAAACAGUGGUUUCUUUUAGAGUAUAUUAUUGCGAACUAGAUACAUAAUGGAUCUCAAUAAAUACCAGGAAGAGCCGAGGCCUGAAAAGGUGCUGCAAAACAAACACAGCAUAAAAGGGGAGAAAUAACAACAAGACGUAGAAAAGGCACACAAACAAAAUUGCGUAAAACUCACUGCUAUUUCCUAUGCACUCUUCCACAUAAAUUGUUUGCUGUUGUUGUCAGCGGAAGCAAAGUGCAAGCAGUGGCUUGAGAGACUGUGUCUUGUUGCUGCGCCAAUAAUUAAGAGAUCAAAAGUAUUGAUGAGUGUGGGUGAGAGUCAGCGCAGCGCGUGAGUAUGUUGGAAUGUGUCACCGCUAGACUUCCAGCCUCAUUGCAAGUGCCGGUACUUCGUGAAUAAGUGCGUCGUUUGAAAGAAGCGUAGAAAAUUUGCAAAUUUGACAUUGAAUUGUUAAUAAAUUAUUAAUAAAAUUGUAUAAAAGUAUUUUAAAAUGUGAAGAGUAAAGUUUAAAGUGUAGGACAAGUGAAAAGUGUGUGAAUAGUGUAGCGAAAAAGUGUGUGAAAGUCUUUGCAAAAAUGUGCCUGGGACAGCUAAUUGGAAUGCAAAUUUUUCUGCGCAAAUCGGUUCGUGAGAGAUGUGCAUGCAAAAGCAUGAUGCAGCAAGAAAAUAAUUAUGUGUGUCAAUAACUAUUUAAUAUACAAUAGCAAAUUUACUGAUAUUAUUAUUACUGAUAACUUUGUUUAAUGAAUGUGAAAAGAAAUGUGAAAAUAUAAGAGCAUGAAAAUCGAAAAUGAAUAAAAUUAUUUCAUGAAGUCCCACAAACAUACAUAUGCACACCUGUAUGAGCAGCGCUUGGUAUAUGAACUUAUGUGCACUCGCGUCGGGUUCGUUUCGUUUUGAUUUAUACAUACAUAUGUACGUACAUAUGUCGCUCGGUCGGUCGUAGUGCGCGGAAGACUGUAGAAGCGUGUAAGUUAUUAAAAAACUAAUAAAUAUAAAUGAAUGGUAAAAGUGUGAAAUGCGGUAACCGCUUAAUGCGUUCGAGGGCUGAUAUUUCCAUUAAGCGCUACAAGUAUAUGGACUUUACAUUGAUUUAUCGUGAUAUUGCUUACAAAGGCGGAUAAUCUCAAACUCUAUAUGAAGUACAGAUUAAAAGUAAUUGAAGAUUUGAAAGUUGCAAACACUAAUACAAAUACGCAAAAAUAUGCAGAAUUUCGGCAUUCAUGCAGAUGAAGAGACGGCAGGCGGCUGGCAGCAAGCAGCAGGCAAUGAGCUUAACAAACAAGACUGUAGGCGUAAAUAAUGCUAAACUGGCACUCUUCUACCAAAAAUUGUGUGAAUAAAGUAUAUGAAUAACAAAAAUAAAGCUUUGUGCUAAGAGAAAAUUUGUGGAAAUACGCUAAACAAAAGUAAAAUGUGAAGCAACAAAUGAUAAAAAGUGAGUGAAAGCGAAAAGCGUGUGUCGCCGGCGUCUAAUACAAAUACACUUGCAUAAAAAUAAGAAAAACGUGAAUCAACGAGCUUUGUGAAAGUUAAACUUCAUUGUGACUGUCUGUGUAUUUUUGUGUAAAAGUGCAGAAAUUUUUAUCUCAUGUUACCGCUAUCAUGAGCAGACAUCGCUGCAUUGACAUGUUUGACACAUUCUACAGUUAUUACGUAUACGCUGUGUAUGCUGUUUCAGUUUGACAACAAAAGCAAAGACAAUGUUGCCUAAGGACAAGCAACGACAGUGAUUUUGUAUGAAGCAUAAAAUCUAUUCCAAAAACUCAAAACCAUGGCACUACAACAGUUUCACCAACAGCAACGACAACUACAGCGACUAAUACACAGUUUAGAGAUAAAAAUAAAUUUUUACAGAUAAAAACACUCCCAACAAAUUUGUAUAUCCAAAGCCCACCUGAGAACUAGCAAGACAGGCUUUUAACUCAAACGCAAGUCCAAACCAAGACAUAUUGUUUACCUUGCUAUAGUUGAGGAGCACCUGAGCCACAAUGUGCUCGACCACACAAUUUUGUUUGCUCAACCUGCGCACAUAUUUAAUUUAUUUAUGCUGCUAUCUGCUCAUAAUGGUGGCGGCCGGUAGCCGAGUGGUUGACGGUUUAAAGUGUUAUUGCAAUCCGAAAGAAUGUGAUGUCAUACGAUCGUUGGAUUGUCCAGGCAAGGGCAUGAUGCUGUGGGAUCCGUGCAAAUGUUGUCGCAUUUGCGCCAAAACACUUGGCGAAACUUGUGGCGGCCCUGGUGGCUUCUCCGGCCAGUGUGAACCACCGCUACAGUGUGUCACAAAAUUACCCAUCACUAGCGGUCUAGGCGUUUGUAUGGAUCUCCCCUCGUCAUCAUCUGCCCUGCAUUCCACAUAUCACAGCAGUAGAUACAAUACAAAUUGUACAAACGACGAGACAAUAGUGAUAGAGCCUGGCUGCGAAAUCACCAAUAAACGCUGCCAAUGCUGGCCAACGUUACGCCUGUGCAGCACAAAUACUAUUGAAGAUACUGAUACAUCGGCGACGACAGAUAUACGAUGGCAUUUCAAGACAUUGGAGGACUGCCAAUUAAAUUUACAAAAUCUGAUCAAAAUCGAAAUGGAAUUCGAUGAAGAUUACACAAUUUCGCCGAGCACUUUCACAUAUAAAAAAUUGCGAAGGAAGCGCCGAGCGCUAAGGAAACACAGAACGACCAUUACACAUUGAGCAUACAGCGAAUUUGGUAUUAUUCCUGUACAACCACUUAGACACAACCACCAAUAAACCCUAGACAGAACUUGCUAAGAGCAUCCUAUGAGAAUAAAAAAAACGAGCAGUUAAUAAACGAAAUAAUGUUAAAUUUAAUGGCAUAGAGUUAAUACUAGAUUCAUAAGUAAUGAAAAAUAUAUAUAUAUACCUUAAUUGAGUAAUUAAGCAUAAAUGUGUGUAAAUGUGGAAGUGGUGAGCAAAGCUAUACUAAACUUUAACUUGAAGUAAUAUUUGUAAAAAGAAAAUUGUUGUAAAACUGAAGAAGUAAGUAAAUGUACGUAGAUAGGUGAAGAGAAAUUACUUGAUGAUAUAUGAGGCUAAAUAAAAAAAUAUUAUUCUU